ACACCCAAAAACCCUGUGGCCAAAAACAUAUCUCCAAGAGCCUCUGCUUUCCAUAAGCCGAAGAUCAUAAACCCCAGGCUCCAACCAACCACCUUCAUAUUUUUCUGGGUUAAAUCACUUGCUGUCUUUCCUCCUUUCCAUAAACCCUAAUUAAACCCUCCCAAUUACACUACCAUAUUUGCAUAAAGAAAAAAUGAGUGGCCUUAUGCUGUUGAACAAGUCUUCUUCUUCUUUACAUGCCUCGAAAAGGGCCGCUCUUAAUGCCCUUACCCGUUUACUCUUCUCUCCGUCCAAGUCCGGUGACAAUUUCAUUUCCGGAAAUGCCCUCCCAACUACCCAAUUUAACAGGUUUACCACUACUACCAGCACUACCGAUGCUUCAAGAAAUGGGAAAUGGGUAGAUAGUAAAUAUGGAGUUGGGGUUUGUCUAAGGGGGUUUCACUCCGGUAGUUAUUUACAAGUUGGAUAUGCGGUGGCGGAUUUACCAGAGGAUGAUGAAGGACUCGAAAUAUCGAAACUUGGUAUAUCUCAGGAGAUCGUUUCUGCUUUGGCCAAAAAAGGGAUUACUAAGCUCUUCCCUAUUCAGAGAGCUGUUCUGGAACCAGCAAUGCAAGGAUCUGACAUGAUUGGUCGAGCUAGAACUGGAACUGGGAAGACGCUAGCGUUUGGCAUUCCCAUCAUGGAUAAGAUCAUUCGCUUUAACGAGAAGCAUGGGCGUGGAAGGAAUCCUUUGGCUUUAGUCUUGGCACCUACAAGAGAACUUGCAAAACAAGUGGAUAAAGAAUUUUUCGAGUCUGCUCCUGGUUUGGAUACACUGUGUGUUUAUGGUGGUGUUCCCAUUUCACGCCAAAUGAGUUCCCUUGACAAGGGAGUAGAUAUCGUGGUGGGAACGCCAGGUCGGAUUAUUGAUCUGCUGAAGAGGGGUGCUUUAAAUUUGGCAGAAAUCCAGUUUGUUGUUCUAGAUGAAGCUGAUCAAAUGCUUAAUGUGGGUUUUGCGGAGGAUGUUGAGACCAUUUUAGAAAAUGUUCAACAGAAGCAUCAGACACUAAUGUUUUCAGCCACAAUGCCCCGGUGGAUACUAAGAAUUACCAACAAGUUCCUGAAAAAUCCACUUCACGUUGAUCUUGUAGGAGAUUCCGAUCAAAAACUGGCUGAUGGGAUUUCCUUGUUUUCAAUUACUUGUGAGAUUCAUCAGAAACCAGCAGUUCUGGGACCUCUGAUAACUGCGCAUGCGAAAGGAGGGAAGUGCAUUGUUUUUACUCAAACUAAACGUGAUGCUGAUAGAUUGUCGUAUGUAAUGCAAAAGACUUUCAGAUGUGAAGCCUUGCAUGGGGAUAUCUCACAAACCCAGAGGGAGAGAACUCUAUCAGGUUUUCGCCAAGGUCAAUUCAAUGUGUUGGUGGCCACUGAUGUUGCUGCACGAGGACUUGAUGUACCUAAUGUUGAUCUGGUGGUACAUUAUGAGCUUCCAAACUCAUCAGAGAUCUUUGUUCAUCGAUCUGGUCGAACUGGGCGUGCUGGGAAGAAAGGAAGUGCAAUUUUGAUAUAUUCUUCAAGCCAACAUAGGGAUGUGAAAGGUAUUGAACGUGAUGUGGGAUGCAGAUUUAUCGAGCUUCCAAAGAUAGAAGUAGAGGGUGGAGCAACAGACAUGUUCAGUGACAUGCGUGGAGGCGGCAGCGGCUUUGGCUCUUAUGGAGGAAGGGGAGGUGGUCGGUUUGGUGAUUCGGGUUCAGGUCGCUCUGGUGGCUAUGGUAAUUUUGGCAGCAGGUCUGCUGGACAAGGUGGAUAUUCUGGUCGAACAGGUGGAUCUGGUUUUGGACGAUCAGGGGGUAGCUUUGGUGGAUCAAGCUCAGGUCGCUCGGGGAAUUUUGGUGGUGAUCGUCAGGGAGGAUUCGGUAAUUUUGGUGGUUCAGAUCGUAGUGGCGGUUUUGGAAGCUUUGGAAGUUCAAAUCGGACAGGUGGCUUUGGAAACUUCGAGAGUUCAAACCGCUCAACUGGAUUUGGAGGAUUUGGUUCAGGCCGCUCUAGUGGAUUUGGUGAUUCGCGUUCUGACAAUGAAAAUCGUUCAAACCGUUUUGAUGGCUUUGGAGAUGGCAAGGCUAGUGGUGACCACGGAUCUGGAAAGAAAUAUUUCUAGUUCUUUCUGUAAGGCGUGGACAAUGUGAAUAUGGCUAUUAGCAAUAACCAUGAAGGGACGAAUGCGUGACUGAUAUCCAAUUUGUGCUAGCAUGUGUUGAUUAUCAGGCUGUGUUUAGAGUUGCGGUAGCUCCAGAUAAAAUUACGACUCAAAUGCUAUACUUAGAAUUUCAUGAGAAAAAACAUUUAGUAUCCACUUGGUACCACCUGUGUAAUCCAGAUAAAAUUACGACUCAAAUGUUUUACUUAGAAUUUCAUGAGAAAAACCAUUUAAUAUCCACUUGGUACCACCUGUGUAAUCUUUAGCUAUCAAGAACGCCGUUCUGUUUUUCCCAUUUAUAUUGUUUCUUGGUCA